AGGGACUAAAUAGCCUUACUAUUUGCUCCUGAUGGUUGCAGGUUACCAUGUCGCGGCGCAAGCAAUCCAAACCACAGCAUUUCAAUUCAGACGAGCCCACUUCGUCACAAAGUGGGAUAUUGCACAACGGUCAAACCGAGGAGGAUGGCAAGGAGGCCAAGAGGCGACGAUCAGGAGAGACGAGGGUUUGUGUCAAAUGUUGUGCAGAGCUCUUUGAUGAGACCGAAUUUCUCGAACAUGAGAAAACUUGCACUAAGAGUCAGCAGGUAGUGAUCAUGAAGGAUGGCGAUGGGAGUGAGGUCCCCCCUGAAUUCUCCCAGAAGUCUCCGGGCAAUUAUCUGUCCGACCAUAGUAAUGGUCAGUCUACUAGUAAUUCCCAAUCAAAACAUAGCGUUGAGUCCAGUGAAGUGAUAGAAGGCGAGCUCGCUCUGGACCAGGAUGAGCUCCCAAAUCAAGAACAAGAGAUGUCUGCUAGUCCAGACAUGAGCUACAUGCCAUCUUCCAAAUUGCAUGACUCUAAUGUUACUCUAGAGUCCAUGGCUGCAACCAAAGUCGCUGUAACUCAACAUUCAUCCAAUUCAUCCAAUCUGAAGUCCCCAUCCCUACAGCCACACCAAGACACAUUUCUUGUCAUCCCCUUGAUCUUGGAACAGUUGGUGAGCCUCCAACAGCAACAACUGCAGCAGAUCCAGCUAACUGAGCAGAUACGCCUUCAAGUGGCCACGAUGGCACCUCAGAGUCUCCACUCUGCAGUGGGUGCAGCUGUCGAUCCUCUGAAAGCACUGGGUGCACAUCUCUCACAGCAGCUCUCGGCCGCAGCUGCCUUGAUUGGCAAACGAAUGGGCUCACAGAGCUUGUCCUUGGAGGCCCUGAAACAAGCCAAGCUACCUCAAUCAAGUACCAUCCCCACAUCCCUUGCUGGAGGUUUGGGCUCCAUGCCCUUAAAGGCAGACAUGAAAGGGCUCCCUGAUCUAGCUAACCGCCUUCCAAUGCUGCUUCCCCAAUCUCCAGGGGUCAUGGGAUUACAGAGUCCCUUCAAUGCCCUUGCGAUAGGCAUGGAUCCCUCUAAGGCAAAGAGUAAGAUUCCCGGGAUGCCGAUUGAGCCCAAGAAUGGAUCUGGUGAAAACCUUCUCAAGCAUAAAUGCAAAUUCUGUGGGAAAAUGUUUGGAAAUGACAGUGCUCUUCAAAUCCACUUGCGCUCGCACACUGGUGAAAGACCCUUCAAAUGUAACAUAUGUGGAAAUCGUUUUACGACCAAAGGAAACCUCAAAGUGCAUUUCCAGAGACACAAGGACAAAUACCCGCACAUUAAGAUGAAUCCACAUCCUGUACCAGAACACCUGGACAAUGUUUCUACAAACAGCAGCAUCCCUUAUGGCAUGUCUGUACCCAUUGAGGAAAAUGGAUUUGCUGACAAUAAAUCUGUGCUUGGUCUCCCAUCAGUGCUCCCAGGAUUCAAACCCUCAUUUGAUAUUCCAAUGGGUGGGGACCUCUAUUCUCAGAGGCCCUCCUCAUCUGGCAGUGAUGGUGCAUCCAUUUCUUCUGGGAUGUUCGGUCAGGAGAUGACAGGACUGGAUCAAACCAAGGAUUCCUUGGAUGUGCUAGCUGGACUGCACCACAUUAAUGGUAACGACCUACCUGGGGAAAAUGGCUCUGGUACCGCAAAACUACAGCAAAUGGUGGAUUGCUUGGAGAAGAGAACAAAUGACCCCAAUGAGUGCAUGAUCUGCCAUAGAGUACUGAGCUGCCAAAGUUCCCUAAAAAUGCAUUACCGCACACACACCGGUGAGCGACCGUACAAAUGCAAAAUUUGUGGUAGGGCUUUCUCCACUAAGGGCAACCUCAAAGCACAUUAUGGUGUUCACAGGGCCAACACUCCACUGAAGAUGCAACACUCUUGCCCAAUUUGUCACAAGAAGUUCACAAAUGCAGUAGUCCUACAGCAGCAUAUCCGUAUGCACAUGGGAGGCCAGAUUCCCAACACCCCUCUGCCUGAGAAUCAUUUUGAAAGUCCUGAAGCUUUGGAUGCUAGCUUGACUGAUGAGAAAAACAUGGAUUCCAAUGGGCAUGAGGAUUAUUUUGAAAGUCCUGGAGCAUUGGAUGCUAGCUUGACUGAUGAGAAAAACAUGGAUUCCAAUGGGCAUGAGGAAAGUAUGGAGGAACAAGACUUUGAUUUGGACAAUCAGGAGAAUAUGAACAACUCUACAGAGCCACAGCCGGCCACAAAAGAGGAUCAGUCUUUCCAAGGUCCACUGUCUAUGUUUACAGGUAUUGCUGCCCUGGAGAACCAUAUGAAGAGCCUCACAUCUGCUCUGAACCUACAACGACAAAGCAGCACUGCUUCUGAGAGUGACAGUGGGCUGAAAGAUUCGCAUUCAGGUUCUGGAGAAGUGGAUCACAAGAAUGGCUGCAGUCCAGCAGUGUCUGAUACUGUGUCUUUUCACUCUUUGUCCCCUGUUGCUGGUUCUCUGAAUAAUGGGCAGUCCAAAUCUCCAGAAUCCAUAAACCCAGAGAAUGGACUUAAAGCUAGACCAGACUCUGAUGGCGGAGCGCAAGAUUUUGGUGAAAACAAUGGAGCACUGGACUUGACAUCCAGUUUUACUCCAAAACCAAUUAAAGAGGAGCCAGGCUUAUCCUUCUCCAAUGGAGAAUAUGGUUCUAGUCACUUGCCAUUCAUGAGGAUGCCUCCUAGUCUGGUCAAACUGGAGAUGCAGAUCCCUCCGGAAAGUCCCAUGGGUGCCCACAGCCUGUACAGCUCCCAAAUGCCUCAAGGGGCCACCACUCCUCCUGGUACUUCUAGUGCUCCACGUCGGUCUGCCAAGCAACAUCUCUGCAAUGUCUGUGGGAAGAACUUUUCAUCUGCCAGUGCCCUGCAGAUCCAUGAACGCACUCACACAGGAGAAAAGCCGUUUGCUUGCACAAUUUGCGGCAGGGCUUUCACUACAAAGGGCAAUCUAAAGGUACACGUUGGUACUCAUAUGUGGAAUAAUUCGGCAAGACGAGGUCAGCGUUUAUCAUUGGAUAACCCAAUGGCUUUGAUGGCCAUGGGCCCGGAGUCCAAGAUGAUUCCAGAAAUGUUGCAUCCCCCAAAGGACUUGAUUCCUCCACCAAUUAAUUUUGACCCAUCGGUAUGGAACCAGUACGCUGCUGCCUUCACAAAUGGCUUGACCAUGAAGACUAAUGAGAUUUCGGUCAUCCAAAAUGGUGGCAUUCCUCUCCCAGGAAGUCUUGCUGGAGGCCCUUUGGUGGGCUCUACUGGGGGAAUUACGAAGAUUGAGUCCUCCCAGUCUGGCAUCGCUGGCACAGUUGCUGAAUUGGAAAAAAAUGGCUCUGAAAGUGUAGCAAAGUUUCCACAUUUUAUGGAGGAGGGUAAAGUGAAUUAGAAAAGACUGCAGAAGAAUUUCCCCAAUUGACUGUAUAUUUUGUGGCGAUUUGGCUUAUGACGAGCCUGCUGAAAUGUCAUGAAUUGGGCUAUUUAUUAAGGCAGUCCUUACUUGGUACAAUCAAUUCUUGCGUGUAACAUUCACACAGCCUUUUUAAAUUAGUCCAUACUCUAAAAAAUGGGCCAUGCCUUCCUUUUUGGACCCUUGCAUAGUAGUGAUCCUUUUAGUUGAUUAUGAUUCUACUGUAGUUUUUUUUUUUUCUAUCUCUUAAUAUAUAUGCGGGUAUUUUGUCAGUUAUGUUCCUAAAGUUGAAUGUAAAUCUUACUUGAAAUAGCUUUAUGCCACCAACGACAGAUUUCGAUAUUUUAAAUGUUAAAAAACAUCUUGUUAUAGCACGUAACUGUGUGAUUUACUCGUGUUUCUGUUGUGUGUUGGUUGCGUUCGACGCGUUGUAAUUAGUCAACAAACAGCAUCUAUAACAUAGAAGCCGUACAACAAGUGUUGGUGGACUAUGUGCCUGGAUAUGUCCGUUCCAUACAGUCUACUGAAGAUUACCGUUUCAUUGCUGGACAAACUGAGUAGUUACAGUAUAGAUGUUUUUGAAACUGGAUUUCACUAAGUUAUUAUGUAUUUUUGACUCUGGAUAUAGUCUCUAUCUGCGCUUAAUACCAAAAAUGUUGCGAAGUGCCUGUCUUGGAAUUAUUAUUUUUUUUUUUUUCUUGACCCCAACCCACCCAACAAUGGCAACACAGGAUUGUAAUUGAAGGCCUUUUGGAUGUCAUCUUUUAUUUAGACCAAAAUGUGCUUUUAUUUUUUUCAUGUAGCUAUACAGAAUAAUUUCCAUUAAAUUGAAAUGUUUUGAAUUAACUUUCAAUGUCCAUUUUGAUUUCAUAUGGGAUUCUUUUCCAUUGUUUUCAGUGGUAUUUAUCAAAUGCCAGUUCACUUGAGUGGACUUCAUUUGACACCUUUUGUAGGAGUUUAAAAGGCCAGCAUAAAACUGAAACGCCUGAUCAUUUCUUGCACUUUAUUUUCUUCGUUCUGCUAAGUUCUGAUCGGGCUGUCUGUUAACACAUUUUUCUUUGAUUAUUUGUUUCUUGGACUCAUCAUUUGGGACCCAUGAGUUCUAUAAAUUUUUCCAUUUACCAUGCAUUUUAUACUUUAGUUAAGUAGGCAUGGAUAUUUUGUGUCAAUGUGUCGCAAAGGCAUCAAAUACUUCUUCUUAGAAUGUCAUGGUUAACAACCCACAUGCAUUGCUUUUUUUGAGGGAACGUUUGUUUAAAGAUCAUAGUCAUGCGUCCUUGAGUUAAAGGGAUUUAUAAAUUUUUUUUUUUUUUGUAUGCAGUGUACCUGAACCGCAACUUCAAGCUGGUCAAAUUUCUACCUCAUUUAGAUUUCUGUACUUUUUGCAUUGUGUUUGGAGUUCUGGUUGCAUCCUGCCCCGUAACCUGCUGAUUUCUGUAAUAUAAUGAAUGUAUCGCCAGACACUUUGCACAACAAUUGUUCAGAAUAGGCAAACUCCUCCUGUACAUUUCUUUAUAAUAUGCAUUUACCAAGUUGUGCCUUUUUUGUAGAUGUAAAAAAAAAAAAAAAAAAAAGAUGGUGUCAGAUCUUUAUUAAAUGGGGUCAUGUCUGUAUGUUCAAAUGUUGUCUGUUUUAAGCUUGUUUACAGCGUAGACUUUUUUUUUUUUUUUUGUAAAUGGAAAAACAUUUUCCCUUCAUAUUUCCACCCAUUCUGAUAUUUUGAAAAUAAAGCCAAGGAUGACUUUUCCAAGA